AUGGAGAGCAUCCAAGGUAUGAAGCUUUUACUAGCUCAAGAGGAAAGAAAUGAGGAAGAGAGUGGACAUGGCGAGCCAGCAACUCAAGGGGAAAGUGAAAGGGGAUUAAGUGGAGAAGGCCACUCGGCUGCUGCGGCUUCAGGCCUCGUGGAUGAUGACAUGAACAAGGACGGUGGUGGAGCCAGAGCAGGCCAGGAGAGUGAGCAGCAACCAAAUGAGCCAAUUCCUGGGGGCAUGGAUGGCGAGACAGUGCAGUCUGUGCCAAGGCAGGUGCCUCGACGUCGCCUACACCAUAGAUUUACUCAGUGGCAGCUGGAGGAACUGGAGCGCAUUUUCCAGACCAAUUGCUUCUUCAGCAUAGAAGCAAGAAAACAACUAGCCAGAUGGAUGGGAGUGAAUGAAGCCACAGUGAAGAGAUGGUUUCAGAAGAGGAGAGAACAGUACAGAAGAUAUAAAAGGCUGUAG